GGGGUGACAGGGAGAAAAUUGCGAAUGUGAUUGGAGCAGGAAUGUACAAGAGAAGGAUUGAAGAAGUGGUGGCAGGGUGCACGAGGUGGAAAGUAUGCAAGGAGAGAUUAUGGAAGGACAUGGGGAUCUUCCCAAGGGGCAAUGUGGAGGAUGACUUAAGGUUUGAUGAAACCAAUCUGGAGGACUUUAUCGAGAGCUUGCAGCUGGCCGCUGAGAGAGGCGAGUGGAACAAGGAGGAAAAGAAGAAACAGUUGAUCGCAAAAUCAGAAGAGAGUGAAAAAGAGGAAGUAAAAGAAAUUGUGGAAGAGAGUCGAACCUGGAAGAGAAUAACGGCAGAAUUGUGGAUGACCUACACCCAGGCCAGACAGGAUCAGACAAGAACGAGAAGGCUGCAAAAGAAGGGGUUAUGGAUUGGAAGAGAAAUGGCUAAGCCACAAAGGGCAGGAGCAGAGGAUGAAGAGGGAGAUGAUGUGCCUCUGAAAAGAUUGAAGGACAGAGUGAGGAUCCCCCCCAAAAGCAGUAACAAGGGAUCUGACCAGGAAGAGGGAGGUGAACAGAAAAAGGAGGAGGCAGCAGAAGGAAGGAAGAAAAACAUAGGAGCAAGUGUGGUACCAAGGAAGAGGAAACUUGGAAAGAAAAGGCCAAUUGAGAGUGGAAGGAAAGAGGUACAGGAAAGGGGGAGUGAAAAGGAGGGAAGAGUAAAGGAGGCUGGAGAAGGAAAGACGAUCCAGGAAGGAGGCGAUGCUCCCAAGGACAAGUCUGAGGAAGAGGGGCCAAUUGGAGACACAGAAAAGGAAGAGAUGAGCGAGAUAAGAAAGAAGGAAGAUGAGAGAGAUGCCCAUGUGAAAAAAAUGAUGAGAGAUAUGAAAGAGAUGAGGGAGAAAAUGAAGGAAUUGACGAAAGGGAAGGAGGAAUUGCAGAAAGAAGUGAGCCAAUUGAGUGCCGCCCUGACUAUGAACGACAAAAAAUUGGAGAAUGAAGCGGCCACAAUAGGAAGGAUGAAAAUAAAGAUGGAUGGUCUGGGCUCUGAGGUCAGUGUAUUAGGGCUGGACCUGGAUAAUGAAAUCUCAGAAAGAAAGAAGUUGGGACAAGAGUGGGAGAAAAGAUGGGGACAGAUAUUGAUAGGAAUGGAGGGACUCAGAUUGAACCAUUAGGGGAAAGAAAAGAAAGCCACAGAGAUGGUGGAGAGAAAGAAGAGUGAAGAGAAGGGGGUACAGACUGAGAAGAAGAGAAAAGAGUCUCCUGCAUCAGAAAAUGAGGUAAGUGAGAGUGUGGCUAUGCCUCUGCCAAGACAAGGCAAAAAGCAGAGGGAACAUGAGUUGGGCUCACCAAAAGGAGCUGAGGAUCAGGCCGAGACUUCGAUCCAGCUAGACAUAAAGAGAAUCAAGCCUAGCAUGGCUG